AUGUCUGAGGCCGUUUAUGAGGAGAUUCAGCACAGACACAAUCACUUCACUCAGAGGGGGAGUCUCAUCUCUGAAGAACUGCAUUCUGGGUAUGAAGAUGCUGAUGAGCUUCUCUCAGCAAAAGAGUUCAAUACUGCAUAUUAUGAUGAUGUCACCAGCAACAGUGGCCUAAAAGAGAUGAUGAAGGAAAUCACACCGGGGUACUAUGAUGAUGUCAUCACUGAUGGACUGAAGCCAGAUCAUGAGACAGAAGAAACACCUGAGGGCUAUGAUGAUGUCUUGACGAGCGGAUGCAGCACUGAUAUCAAAAAAGUGGAUGCACCAGAGAAUUAUGAUGAUGUCAUCAUUAAUAGGCUGAACACUCAUAGAGUAACAGAGGGAGUUCAGGAGGAGUAUGAUGAUGUGAUGAGUGUCAGUCAAGAUGUGAGAAACCUGUUGGACAGUGUGAAUGUGAGACUGGUGAAUGGUAGCAGUCACUGUGCUGGUCGAGUGGAGGUUCUUCAUAGAGGUCAGUGGGGAACAGUGUGUGGUGAUGGCUGGGAUAUGGCUGAUGCUGCAGUGGUGUGUAGAGAGCUGGACUGUGGAGAACCUGUAGAUGCUCUGAGUGAUGCUCGUUUUGGACCGGAAUUAGGACUAGACAAGGUGGACAGGGCUGUGGUCCUACAGGAUAUGCUGGUGUCAUCUGCUCAGACUGGUUUGAAGAGGGAAGUGGUGAAAUCUGGGCUGAUGUGUUUGAUUGUGAUGGAAAUGAAUAAAAACUCUCAGAAUGUUCCAUCUCUUCAUGGAGUCGAGCUGAAUGUUCUCAUAGACGAGAUGUUGGAGUCAUCUGCUCUAGUAAACUUGUUUAAUCAAGAGAAUUCCUCUCUGGCUCUUCAUGAUGGUCUGGUGCGGUUGUCUGGAGAGAGACAGUGUGAGGGGCAGGUGGAAGUUUUCAUCCAUCAGGUCUGGAGGAGAGUUCUGCUGGACUCCUGGAGUCUCACUGAAUCCUCUGUGGUCUGCAGACAGCUGGGCUGUGGCCCUGUACUGAACUUCUCCAGCUCCUCUUCAUCCAGUCCUGAACACAGUUAUGAGUGUGUGACGGGCUUCCAGUGCUCUGGGAGUGAAUCUCAUCUGGGGAACUGCAGCUCUCCACAAACUCUCAACUGCAGCUCCACACAACAGCUGUCAAUCACCUGCCUUGGUCGCGGGUCCAUCAGGCUGGUGGGUUCUGGGGGAGACUGUGCAGGGAGGCUGGAGGUUUUUCACAGCGGCUCAUGGGGGACAGUGUGUGAUGACUCCUGGGAUAUUAAAGAUGCUCAUGUGGUGUGCAGACAGCUGCAGUGUGGAGUGGCCCUCAGUAACCAGCAGGUACCAGCCUGGUUUGGUCCUGGUUCUGGACACAUAUGGCUGGAUGAGGUGGAGUGUGAGGGGAAUGAGACGUCCCUGUGGAGUUGCUCUUCUCCAGGCUGGGGAAAACAUGACUGUCAACACAAGGAGGAUGUAGGAGUCGUGUGCUCAGAGUUUAAGGAGAUCAGGUUAACUGAGGGCUGUGAAGGGAAUGUGGAGGUCUUCUACAAUGGAUCCUGGGGUAAUGUGUGUUACAACCAGAUGGACAGAGACACAGCGAGUCUGAUCUGUCAAGAGCUGAACUGUGGAAGAUCUGGCGGAGAACCCAGUUAUUCAGAGGGACUGAAGAUUCAUAACUGGCUUGAUUAUUUUAAAUGUCGACGACAUGAUUCCACUUUAUGGCAGUGUCCAUCUUCACCCUGGGGAAAGAAUGACUGUAAUAAUAAGGAUGAAGUGGCAAAAAUCACCUGCUCAAAGGAGGAGGAUCAGGAGUCUCCUCGGAGUCGUCUGAAAUGUUUUAUCUCACCAUCUCCUCACCAGAAACAGUGUUCAGAUCAUGUUCCUCUCAGACUGAGUGGAGGGGACGGCCGGUGCUCUGGGAGGCUGGAGGUGUAUCAUAACGCUGUGUGGGGCUCAGUCUGUUAUGAUCACUGGGACAUCAGCGAUGCUCAGGUGGUCUGCAGGCAGCUGGGUUGUGGAGCAGCACUGAGGGCUGAUGGGAAUUCAGUCUUUGGUGCUGGUGAAGGUGUUGUGUGGAUGAACAAAGUCGAGUGCAGAGGGAAUGAGAUUCACCUGUGGGACUGUCCUCUCUCCCUGAAUAACCACACUGACUGCUCCCACAAGAAGCUUGUUACACUCACCUGUGAAGAUUUAUCAGAUGUGUCAGUGUCCACUACUCCUGCCACAACAUCAUCAGCUUCUCCUCCAGUUUCUCCUUCAGUGCGCUCCACAUCAAUCGAUCCUCCACAAACUCUUCCACCAGUGUCUCCAUCAGUGUCUCCCCCAGUGCUAGUGAUUGUUCUGGGAGUUGUGCUCUUACUGCUCUUAGUGCCACUGCUUAUACUGAUUCAGCAGAACAGAGUGAUGAGGAGAGCUCUCUCUAAGAGGAGACACAGGACGAUGUCUGGGGCCGUUUAUGAGGAGAUUCAGCAGAGAAACAAUCACUUCACUCAGAGGGGCAGUGAGGAAUGGGUUCAUGGAAUCCCAUCUCUGAAGAACUGCAUUCUGGGUAUCAAGAUGCUGAUGAGCUUCUCUCAGUCUGCUCUCCUUUUUUCAGCAAAAGAGUUCAAUACUGCAUAUUAUGAUGAUGUCACCAAUGGCAGUGGCCUAAAAGAAGAGAUGAAGGAAAUCACACCGGUGUACUAUGAUGAUGUCAUCACUGAUGGACUGAAGCCAGAUCGUGAGACAGAAGAAACACCAGAGAGCUAUGAUGAUGUCAUGACAAGCGGAUGCAGUACUGAUAUCAAAAAAGUGGAUGCACCAGAGAAUUAUGAUGAUGUCAUCAUUAAUAGACCGAGCUCUCAAGAGGUAACAGAGGGAGUUCAGGAGGAGUAUGAUGAUGUGAUGAGUGUCAGUGAGGAUGUGAAAAACCUGUUGGAUUAUGAUGAUGUGGAGUCAAACAAAGAAGUGGGGCAUUCGGCUCAGUGAUCAUCCACUGCCUCGGUUCAACAAAUCUGAACAAAGUUUGAGUGAUAUUGUUAUUGAUGUUAAAUCUCAGGUUUUUAUAUUUUUCCCUGUUUUUGUAUUAAAACUUUUU